UUACUUUUAGCGCGCUGACUGCAACAAAAAACGUGCGCGUGUUUUGCUUGAUAAAAAAUUAGUAAUUUUCCAAAUUUCCGUAAACUGUUUUAACUAUUUCCCAGCUCCUACAAGAUGUGGCCACGUUUUGGCAUUAAAAUUGGCAACAGCACGCUAUGCAUAGCUUAUGUAAAGGCCGAUGGCAAGGUUGAAGUUAUAGCCAACAAGCAAGGCGAUCGAGUCUCUCAGGCCUGCGUACACUGGGAUGGCGAUUCGGAGAUUGAAUGCGGUCUAACAGCCAAACAAAAGAUGGCCACACGCCCCAAGCAGGCAGUUGCGCACAGUUUUCAGCUGCUGCAGCCCGAGGAGGACUUGACUGAGGACAAAUUGACAAGCGCGCUAAAGGAUGUGCCCUGCGACUAUGACAAGGAAUCGUUUGUGUUUCGCCUGGAGCAUACCAUACCUUCAGACAAAGAGGAUCAGGACGAUAAGAUUGUCAGCAAAGAGUUGAGUGCCGUUGAGGUUACUAUGCAGCUGCUGCGCGCGGAACUGGAGCUGGCGCGCCAAUUUCACAAUGAUGCUGACAAAUCGCCCAUCGCAGUGCUAUCCAUACCUAGCUACUAUCCUGCCGCUGCCUACAAGCUAUUGUCCGAUGCCGCUAGCGAUGCUGGCUUCCAUGUGGCGCAAUUGAUAGUUGAACCCACGGCUGGACUGCUUUGUUAUGGUCUAGGCGAGCAACAACAGGAGAAGCGUCAGCAUGUGCUCUCUAUAAAGUGUGGCGGACUCUACAGCGACUUUGCCUUGUAUGCUGUGGAGCAUGGCUACUUCAUUGAGCUGGCUACGUUUGGACCCUUUGCCAUAGGUGGACGCCAAAUCACCGAGGCGCUGGUGCAGUUCAUCUGUGACGAGUUCAAGCGCAAGUAUAAACUAGAUCCGCUGGAAUCCCGACGCUCCUUGGCCAAAAUACGCACUGCAGCGGCCAACUGCAAACAUACAUUAACCACAAUGCCCUCGACGCAGUUGUAUAUCGACUCACUGAUGGAUGGCGUUGAUUUCAAUGUCCAAAUGUCACGCGCACGUUUUGAGAGUCUUAUACAGCCCGUCAUCAAUAACUUAAUGCAGCAGCUGGGCGAGUGCUUGGAGCGCGCACAGCAGGAACGUCCAGAGCUAAAGACCAUUGAUCACAUAGUGCUGCUGGGUGCCACUAUGCAAAUUCCCAAGCUACAAGCGGCGGUAGCAGCACGUUUCCCAGAUGCCAAGCUGCACAACAGUCAGUCCACGGAUGAGGUGGUUGCCAUUGGCUGUGCGCGUCAAGCUGUCUAUCUGCUAGAUCCUCAACAGGCUCAGCUGGAUAAAUCAGAUGACUGCAUGCUCGUGCAGGAUGAUUUGUACAUCUGGCAUGGCAAUGACGAGUCCAAUGCCCAGCUGGUGCUAAGCAAGGGCAGCAUAUUGCCCGCCAAAAUAAAAGUAUCGCUGCCGCAGUCGGGCGAAGGUGAUGCCGUUGAAUCCUUGGGCUGCUUCAAGCUGCGCACUGGCACUAGCGAGAUUUCCGCUCAGCUGCCAGAGACUGCGGCACCCACCACACAGGAUGGCCUCUUCCAGCUGGAGGUGGAAGUGGAUUGGGAUAAUAAGGAUGGCAAUAUUGUGCCACUAGUACGUCUUAGUUGCAUAUGAGAUGAUUACAAAUGUAGUCUAUUUAUUUGUUGGUAGCCUAAUACGUAUUGUAAACGAGCGAUUAAACUCAAUUUUAAAUGCGAACAAA